ACCGAACCAUGCCUGCACCCGACUGCCACGAAAAAGUGGGAAAAGAUUCGACAUUGUCAUCAUUUUCCGAAAGACAGAUCGAGCCUUACAAAAAGAGUGGGUCAUACGAGUAACAAGGCUCGAUACCACACGUUUGGGAGCCAAGAGAGUGGGACAUGCAAGCAUUUUGUUGACGAGUGCUUUACUAGCCGGACCCGAAUGUCCAAACAGUUAGGUUUGGCAUUCAAGGCACAGCUUCUGCCAGAUGCAAUUCCGACAAUUUUUCAACACAAUGAAAUUGCUCGAAAAAGAAAGAAGGAUUUAUCUGACGGACGAGUUUCACUUGCCAAACGACUACAGCAUAAACAGACUAUGACGAGUCAGUCACAACAAACAGUUCAACUGUGCUUAAAUAAAGAGGUCCAGACAGACCCAGACCUCAGCUCCAAUCCUCAAAGGAUAUAGUCCAGCAGAAUUAGCAUGUGGAAGAAAACUGAGAACUACAUUACCUACAUUGCCUGAGAACCUUGAGUCAAAGACAUUUGAUAAAACAGCUGUAACAGCGAGCGAUGCAAAAGCAAAGCAGUCUUACAAGAACUGUUUUGACAAGCGUCAUGGAGCGCGACCGCUUGAUGAACUGCUUCCAGGCGACACUGUAUUGCAGAAGCUAGAUGGUGAGAAGCACUGGGGAAGUCCAGCAGUCAUUCUGCAUCAGUGUGCUCCAAUCUCAUAUAUUGUACAAACUCCAAGAGGCAGUUUUCGACGCAACAGACGUCAUCUCAGAAGGUCAAGAAACUUCGAGCCGGAGCAGUCCAGUUCCAAACCCAGUCCUGUCCAAAAUGACUUUUCCCUGUAUACUUCCCAAGUCCCAGUGACAGGUGAACCAGAGACAGCGCUUCAUGUCAGCGAUCCUAUUCAGUGUCCAGAAUCGACGUCAAGUAAAGGUGGUCCUGCUACAGAAGCCAGACAUAGUGCUACUCCAGAUCCAGGAGAUUCCCAUCCCAGUAGCAGCUCUACACCUAGAAUGACUCGUAGCGGCAGAAUAAUCACCCUGCCCGCACGUUAUAAAGACUGAUUAUGUUUUGAACAUUGAUUAGAGAAUAAACAUUCUCCCCAUCAAGUGAAGUAUCUCAAGGGAGGAGAGAUGUAAUGAUAAGAGUUAUCCCGGGGGGGGGGGGACAUCCGGGGCUUUCAUGUUCAGUUGCUUGUUGUAAAAGUUGGCGAGCAGCCAUAUUGUCUUGUAGUAGAUUAAACACAGUUGUU